GCCGUACAAUCUUAAAUCCCGCCUGUCGGUGUUUACAUCCGGGUCAUGCAUAGAACGCACGUUUCUGAGGAGCAUGAUGUGAUUGACUUAACGUUACACAGAUAGUUUUACAUUGAUCUACGCAACUUUUUAGAACGUACAUCGUGAAGAAUGGCGUCUAUGGAGGAAGAUUUCCCCCGUGGUGGGACAGAAAAGAAGACCACCGACUCCAAAAAGGUUAAGGCACACGAAGUGGACAAUCUUUUUGAAACACGUGAAACAGUGGUUACAAAGAAGAGAAAGACCGUGCAACAGGAUGGAAAGCAAAAAACUAAACAACGAAAAGAAGAAAGAGGGGAUUUAAAACUUAAUACUGAAACCAAUGUGGAAAUUCUUCAUUUACGGAAUCUGAAGAUUGGCACUCUGAUGCUGGGCUGUGUGAAGGAAGUGUCAGACUUUGAGGCAGUAGUUGGUUUUCCCAGCGGUCUUGUUGGUUACCUGCCAAUCUUCAACAUUUGUGACUCCUAUACCAGUAUUCUUAAAGACAACGUGGACUCUGAAGACAGUUUGAAGGAAGUUGUCCCUCUCCCACAACUGCUUACUCCUGGAAUGCUGAUCAGAUGCGUUGUGUCGUCUCUCGACUCCUUUAAGGAGGGUCAAACUAGUCUUAAAGUGUCAAUCAACCCUAAAGGGGUUAACAAGGUGUUGAGUUCAGGUUCUUUGAAACCUGGAAUGACACUGAGUGGAUGUGUGGAGAGUGUGGAAGAUCACGGCUUCCUGGUUGACAUCGGAAUCAGUGGCACUAAAGCUUUCCUGCCCAAGCAAAGCACAUCCUCAAAGAAAGAUCUGAAUGUGGGUCAGUACAUGACGGUCCUGAUAGAGGAAGUCAAGAAUGAUGGCCGUGUGGUGCGUCUGUCCCAGGAUCCUCAGGCUCUUGGAAAGGCCUGUGCAGAGACUCAGCAAGGAUGGACCCUAGACACGCUCCUGCCAGGACUUCUGAUCCAGGCACGCAUCAAGAAGGUUACUCCUCAUGGGCUUAUCUUGACGUAUCUUUCAUCUUUUACUGGAAUGGUUGAUUUUCUGCACCUUGAUGAGGACAAAGCAUCUACCUACAACACAGGAGAUGAGGUCCUAGCGCGGGUUCUGUAUGUGGAGCCAUCCACGCGGCAUGUGGGUCUGUCCCUGCGCUGGCAUCUCCUGCCACCAGGCGGCGCUGUGCUGGAUGAGGUCUCGAGUGAGCGGGUGGGUGAGGUGGUGCAGGGCUGUAAGAUGUCUGCUUUGCACCAUCACUCUGGAGCCUUGAUGAAGAUGCCUGAUGGGACCACAGUCUUUGUGCAUAAAAACCUCACGAAGGAGGCAAAUGAAGAAUUCAACCCAAACAGCUUACUGUCCCAGCCUGAACUCACUCUGAGAGUCAUAGAGUACAGUCCUAUGGAGCGAAUGCACAUGGGCACACUGCGCAGGAGCACCGUUAAUACAGAGUUGUACAGAUAUCAAGACGUGAAAGUGGGACAAAUUGUUGAGGGAACAGUUAUGGAUUUGCAGAAACAGGGUGCGUAUGUGAGGAUAACGAACCACAUCAAAGGAUUGAUACCCAGAAAUCACCUGGCCGAUGUUGUCUUAAAGAACCCAGAGAAGAUAUUCACUAGUGGACUGAGGGUCAAGUGCAGGGUGUUGUCAGUGGACGCUCAGCAGAAGAAGUUGUGCCUGACCAGGAAGAAGGCCCUUGUUGAGUCCACACUCCCUCUCUUCCUGUCCUACGCUGAUGCCAAGGUGGGCCGCGUCUCCCACGGCUUCAUCGUGUGUGUGAAGGACUUUGGCUGCAUUGUUCGUUUCUAUGAAGAUGUGAAGGGUCUGGUUCCUAAGGCAGAACUGUCCACAGAGUAUGUGGGUAAUCCAGAAGAGCUCUUCUUCGUUGGUCAGGUUGUCAAGGCCAAAGUCUUGGAUUGUGAUGAAGAAAAAAAGAUGCUACGUUUAUCCUUCAGGGCUGUUACUGAGGGAGAUGUGAAAGAGGAGAAGACUGCCAAAUUUGACUUUGUGGUUGGAAAGAUGGUUGAAGUAAAAGUUUGCCGCAAAGUGCUGGAUGGUCUGGAGGUCUCCAUUGUUCCUGAGGAGGUGCCAGCUUUUAUACCCACAGUGCACCUCUCUGACCACGUGACCAACUGCCUUUCCCUGUGGAUGGUGCUGGAGGAGGGCGACACCAUCUCUAAUUUAAUGUGCCUCAGCAAGACCAAGAAGAGGGGAAUUACUCUCACUAAGAAACCCCUGCUGAAGGCCUGUCUGGAGGACGACAGUGGCCCCAAAAACUUCUCUGAGCUCCAGGUGGGGAUGCAGAUGGUCGGCUGGGUGAAAAACAUCAUGCCUUACGGAGUCUUCAUCGAUUUCCCGUAUGAACUCUUCGGCCUCGCUCCCAAAGCUGCCAUGAGUGAUCAGUUCAUCACGGACACCUCAGUCGUCUUUGACAUCGGCCAGACGGUUGUCGCCAAAGUCACCAAUUUGGAUGAAGAGAAGAACCGGUUUCUGGUCAGUCUGAGGGUGUCAGAAUUGAUUUCCUCAGAGGAGGAGUCCCAAGCCAGACUGAUCCAGGGUCUGAAGGAAAAGAAGGCCAUCUUUGAGAUGAUGACUUGCAGAGGCGAGUCUGACGUCCUGCAGCAGCUCUCUGCUGUAUCUCUGGGAAAUAAACUGAAGGUGACGGUGGGAGAUAGCAGAGAGGAUGGCUCGGUCGCACUGACCUCAGAUCAGCUCAGUGAAGCCACUGUAUUGGUCUCAAAGUACCACACAGAAGGUGUGAAUGUGAGUCCAGGCUGCAAACUCACUGCAGUCGUUCUCCAUGUCGACAUUUCCAAGUCUGAGGUCCAUGUGUCGCUGCUUCCAAAGCUGACCGGGACCCUGAGGAAAAAGUUGGAAAAGGACUCCAAACUCACUGCCACUGUCCAGUACACCGACAAAGAAUUUGCUGUCGUCUCAUUGGCUGACACUGGUCACCUGACCAUCAUUCCCACUCGCACUCACAUAAAUGACAUCUUAAACUCAAAGAAAUUUCUCGUCGGUUCCUGUCUGAAUGUGACCGUCAAGGAGAACAGCUGUGAGGAGUUGGGAGGUCUUCCUCUUGUCGAGUGUCACAAACAAAACGCCACGGGAGGAACGCAGAAACCGGAGCAGAGCAAAUUUAAGAGCACAGGUCUUGGGGAAGUGAUGACCGUGACCGUAAAGAAGGUGAAGCCCAUGGAUGUGGUGGUGACGCUGCCGUCGGGGACCGCAGGAAGUAUCCAUGUAUCUCAGAUCGAGGAGUCACCAGUGGUCGGCAGCUUCCCAACAUCAACCCUGAAGGUCGGGAGCAAGGUCGAAGCCAGAGUGAUUGGAGCACAAACAGUUCAUGGUCACAAGUUCCUGCCAAUCUCUCAUCCCUCCUUUAAGGUUUGCCUCCCUGAACUCACUCUUCUGCCCAGCAAACUGAAUGAAGCUGACAAGAAGACAGUUGACAAAUUGAACUACAAACCUGGAGAUGAAGUCACAUGCUUUGCAUCAAAGUUCGACAAAGAAUCACAGUGCUUAGAAGUCCAUGUGAAGCCCAACGUCAUGGGAACUGUUGAACUGUUAGCCAUGAUUACCAAAGCUAGCCAAGCUAAACACCCACAGACGCUUUUUAAACUGGGACAGACUGCUUCUGCAAAGGUUGUUGGUCUUGGUAACACCAAACCUUUUCGUCUUUCCCUUUCACUCACAGGGACGUACAAGAUGGAGCAAGGGGUGAUCACCAUGGCGAAGGUUUGGAAAAUUGUGCCUCACAUGGGACUGUUUCUCCAGCUCCCGUUUGGGAAUUCGGGUUUGGCUUCGCUAACAGAUCUCUCUGAUGAAUUCACAGACAACCCGCUAGAGCCCUACAAGCUGGGCCAACUAGUCCGGUGCUACGUUAUUGGGGAGGAAAAUGAAAACUUCAACAUUUCAUUGCGUCCCUCCAGAUUGUACAAGGACCACAAUCAGAAUCUUACAGAUCCAGACAUUCAGUCAAUUUCUGAUAUAAAAGAGGGCCAGAUUAUCAGAGGAUAUUUGAUGUCGGUUACUGAUCUAGGCAUAUUUGUGAGGUUAUCAAGAACCAUCUCAGGAAGAGUCCUUUUCCAGAAUGCUUCAAAAUACUUUGUGAACGACCAAAAAACGUUUUCCGAACACAUUCCUGCAAAUGCAUUGCUGACAGCCAAGGUUCUCAGUGUGAACAGUAAGAACGAGCAUGUGAACCUGUCACUGCUGCCAAAGGACACUGGCAAACCAGAUCUGCUCCCAGAAUCCCUUGAGCUUCCAUUGCAUUUGAAAAAAGAGCCGAUCGAGGAAUAUGUCACGAAAGCCACCAAGAGGAAGCGGGUUAAUUCUGAGAGCCAGCAACAAGACGAUGAGAAAAAUGGACAGACGAUUAAAAAGAAAAAAGAAGGCCCAGUCAAAUCCACAGAAAAGAAGAAAACCAAAAAAAAGAAACCUAAAACAGAGGAUAAUGACAGUGGUGUAGAAGUGUUCUUCAGAGAGGAGGAAGUAACACCGUUAACAGACCAAGUAAAGGUUAAUCUGGAGGCAAAGGAACCAGAACGGCUGCAGAUGGCUUUUGGCUUCCCGUGGGGAUCCACACUGUGCUCUUUAACACCUUUUGCCGCAGUAGACGACACCCGUGAUUCCAGUGAGGACGAGCAGGAAGUCACGAGCAAGCCGAUGAAAAAGUCCCGUAAAGAGCUGAAGCAGGAGCAGCAGAACGCGGAGCAGCAGCUCAGCAAACUGGAGGCGGAGCUCAUGGACACGUCUGUGCGUCCGGACAGCACAGUGGCGUUUGAGCGUCUGCUCCUGUCGUCUCCAGACAGCUCCCUCCUCUGGUUGCAGUACAUGGCUUUCCAUCUACAGGCCACGCAGAUCGAGCAGGCGCGUGCUGUCGGCGAGAGAGCCCUCAAAACCAUCUCCUUCAGAGAGGAGCGGGAGAAGCUGAAUGUGUGGGUGGCCAUGCUAAAUCUGGAGAACAUGUACGGGACACAAGAAAGCUUGCAGAAAGUCUUUGAACGGGCCAUCCAGUUCUGUGAACCUCUUCCUGUGUAUCAGCAGCUAGCAGACAUUUACGCCAAGUCGGACAAGAUCAAAGAGGCUGAGAAUCUAUAUAAAAGCAUGGUGAAACGCUUCAAACAGGAGAAAGCUGUAUAUCUGAGUUAUGGCAACUUCCUGCUACGGCAGCGUCAGAGCGACGCUGCAAAUGCCCUUCUGCAGAGGGCGCUGCAGAGCCUGUCCAAUAAAGAACAUGUGGACCUGAUUGCCAAAUUUGCCCGGUUGGAGUUUCAGUACGGGAACGCUGAGAAAGCCAAAUCCAUGUUUGAAAAAGUUCUGAGUACCUACCCCAAACGCACAGACCUGUGGUCCGUGUUUAUAGACUUGAUGGUGAAGCACGGCUCUCAGAAGGAAGUGAGGGAGCUCUUUGAUCGUGUGAUUCACCUGAGCGUGUCAGUGAAGAAGAUCAAGUUCUUCUUUAAGCGUUACCUGGAGUAUGAGAAGAAGAACGGCACACCUGAGACCAUCCAGGCGGUCAAACAGAAAGCUCUAGAAUAUGUGGAGUCCAAAGGAGCAGAAGCUGCCAGCUAGUGCCAUCUUUUUUGCUUUAAGAUUAAUAGGAUAUUUGAGGAGCUUCUUUAAUCCUAAAUUUUUUAAUCCCUUGUGCACCUAUAUACACAUUUCUGGAGCUGUAUUUGUGCGUUUCCUGAGCUUUAAUGUCAUGUCAUUGAACGUCUAUAAGUGACCACAUUUUCCGAUUUCAUAAAUGAUUAUUAUGGAUUUAAAAUAUUGCUGUAAUAUGAAGUCAUACAUGUUUUGCAAUAAAAAUUCUGC